AUGAGGUUUGCUGCAACGGUCUCCGAGAAGCAAUCUGAGCAAAGCGUGGAAGUAACUGAGGAGUUUGCUGUGACAAUGACAGAAAAAAGAUCUUGUGUCCAUUUUGAUAAAUAUGUUGAUUUGGAUAAGUUGUUGAAAAUUAUCAAAUCUUAUCAACAAAUCAAGUGUGGAGAAUGCAAUGAAAGAGUUCACGUGAAGAGAGGAAGUAGAUGGGGUGCUAGUAACAGGAGAGACUGGUAUUCUUCCUCUGACCAGAAUUGUGCUAGAAAUGCUAUUUGGCUUUGUUUGGAAUGUGGCUAUUAUGUUUGUGGAGAUGUUGGUUUGCCGACUGAGGCUCAGAGUCAUGUUAUGGGGCAUAACAGGUUGACGCGUCACCGUUUGGUGAUUCAAUGUAAAAAUCCUCAGUUAAGGUGGUGUUUCUCAUGCCAAUCACUUCUCCCUUUUGAUAAUGAAGAGAAUGGUGAGAAAAAAGAUUUGUUGCUGGAAGUUGUGAAAUUGAUUAGAGAAAGAUCUCCAAACACGUACUCUGCUUCAUUUGAAACUGAAUUUUCAUGUUCAGGAAGUAUCUAUGGUGGUAUAGAAGCAAGAGAUGGUUAUGCUGUAAGAGGUUUAGUUAACCUUGGGAACACAUGUUUCUUUAAUUCUGUAAUGCAGAACCUUCUCUCUUUGGAUCAAUUACGUGAGCACUUCUUGAAAGAGGAUCUAUCUGUUAGCGGGCCUCUCGUUUCUUCCCUGAAGGAACUAUUUGCUGAAUCAAAUUCAGAGGCAAGCGUUUUUAGGAAUGAGAUAAAUCCAAGAGACCUUUUCUUUUCUGUCUGUUCUCAGGCUCCCCAAUUUAGGGGAUAUCAGCAGCAUGACAGUCAUGAGUUGCUAAGAUGUUUGUUGGAUGGUUUGAGCAUUGAAGAAUCGAGCCUGAGGAAGAAGCUUGGUGUUUCUGAUAGUAAUGACAGUUCUACAUAUCAGAAACCUACUCUCAUAGAUUCUGUAUUUGGAGGUGAAAUAUCGAGCACUGUUUCUUGUUUAGAAUGCGGACAUUUCUCAAAAGUGUAUGAACCCUUUAUGGAUCUCUCUUUACCCGUUCCGUCCAUGAAACUUCCUCCUAAAAAGCAACAAAUCCUUUCUCAGGCAAAGGAGGUCCUUAAGAAUGGGGCAGUCAGCAAAGAUUCAGAAGUUGUGUCCGCUAAACCUGCAUCGGAUCACAAUUCCACAGUUCCACUCUUUCCAUCGGAUCACAAGAUUCAAAGCAGACCAGAAACCUCUGACAAUGAAACCGAUUUGGUUUUGCUAAGCGAUGUUAGUGAUACUGCCCCAUCAACCGAGGCUAAAGGAGUUAAUCAGAUUUUGGUAGGUAGCACAGAAACGCUGAUGCAUGAUAAUGAUCGAACUGGAAAAACUGUACCAGAUAAAGAAGAUGUACGAGCUACGCAGUCUAAUGAAGAAACAUCUGCAAGUGGGAUUUCAGCAGUGAUAGAUGAGGCUCAAGUUUGCGGUUGUCCUGAUUUAGAGCAAAGUUCUUCAUCUGCAAAUCAGGGGGCUGAUGAAGAGCUUGCCUUGAUGGUUGCAGAUUCUCAGGUUCUGUAUAUGCCUUAUAAAGAUCACUUAUUCUAUGAUGAUUAUAUGGUUGCAGAAGCUUCCUCGUCAUUCGUGAGCGGUGACCAUGAACCAAAAAAAGACUAUUUUGACUUUAGCAGUUUUCUUGAUGAGCCUGAGAUACGCGAAGGACCUGUUUUUAGACCACUAUCUAAAUCUGAAGUUUAUGAAGCUGGUUUUAAGGCUGACUGCAGUGAUGAUAAAACAGUUAGUGCAGGUAAGGGUGAAGCUUCCUCGUCAUUCAUAAGUAGUGACCAUGAACAAAACAUAGAUUAUGUUGACUUUAGCAGUUUUUUUGACGAGCCUGAGAUAUCCGAAAGACCUUUCUUUCGACCGCUAUCUAAAUCUGAAGUUUCUGAAGCUGGUUUUAAGGCUGACUGCAGUGAUGAUAAAACAGUUAGUGCAGGUAAGGGUGAAGCUUCCUCGUCAUUCGUAAGCAGUGACCAUGAACAAAACAUAGAUUAUGUUGACUUUAGCAGUUUUUUUGAUGAGCCUGAGAUAUCCGAAAGACCUUUCUUUCGACCGCUAUCUAAAUCUGAAGUUUCUGAAGCAGGUUUUAUGGCUGUCAGCGGUAAUGAUAAAACAGUUAGGGCAGGUAAGGGUGAAACUUUUUCUUCAUUCAUGAGCGGUGACAAUGAACGAAACAUAGAUUAUGUUGAGUUUACUAACAGAAUAUUCGAUGAUCGUGGGACAUCUGAAAGACCUGUUUUUGGACCACCAUCUAAAGCUAAAGUUUCUGAAGCUGGUUUUGUGGCUGUAAGCAGCGACUCUGAUCCUGCAGUUCUUGAUGAAUCGGAUUCACCAGUGUCUGUAGAUAGGUGUUUGGCUCAGUUCACGAAGCAUGAGAUUUUGUCAGAAGACAAUGCUUGGCAUUGUGAGAAUUGUUCGAAGAACCUAAAACUUCAGCGGUUGAGAGAAAAGAGAAGAACUAAAGAAGGAUUGAGCAACAGAUGGGUGAAUGAAAAUGGAGCUAGUUCGGCUUUUGAUGAGUGUAGAGACAGUUCACUAAAUCAAUCCUGUAUAGAUCUCGAAAACGGUUACAAAGCUGCUCCUCCGAUCACAAAAUUGCCAAACUGCAAGGAAGAGGAAAGCGCAAUAGAUGAUGGAUUUGUGGGAGAGGAAAAUACAAAGCAAGCUCCAAUUACUUCUGUUACUGAAACACCUCUCCUCGGUGGAGAAACCAUCAGUUCUCAACCAGCCAGUGACAAUGAAUGUGAAAAUUGGGAAGACUUGGCAGUAGAUUCUGAAGAAGUGAUAGUAAAAAGAGAUGCUAGGAAAAAGGUACUUAUAAACAAGGCACCACCUGUCUUGACCAUACAUCUCAAAAGGUUCAGCCAAGAUGCUCGAGGCAGGGUAAGCAAGCUAAGUGGCCAUGUUGAUUUCCAAGAGUUCAUCGAUCUUAGCAAAUACAUGGACACUAGGUGCUCCGAAGAAGACGAGCCGGUUUACAGGUUGGCCGGGUUAGUGGAACAUUUAGGGGCAAUGAGUCGAGGUCAUUAUGUUUCUUACAUUAGAGGAGGCCACAAGGAGAGGAGAGACUCUGAUACUAAAGAACCAAACUCAUCCAUAUGGUAUCACGCAAGCGAUUCUCAGGUUCGACCGGCUUCUUUGGAAGAAGUUCUCCGUUCUGAAGCCUAUAUCUUAUUUUACGAACGAAUCUGAGAACACGGAGGCUGGAUAUCU